AUGGCUGCACGGGGGUCGAACAUUUCUGCCUCAACUCAGAACCGUAUUCUCAUCUGGCGUUCUGAAGUCGCCUCGGCACUUGACGACGCUGCCUCUUCGGCAGCCAGUUCCACGGGCAUCGCCUUCUCUCUUUCGGAUACACACUCGUCUGCUGGGAAUUCCUUGUCACAACGGCAACAUAGCGCUGGUGCCAUGUCUCGGGGCCGCCGAUUCUGGCGCCGCAUUGCCCGUCGUCUAUCAGGCGGCCGCUUCGGCGGUUUUGAAGAUGAAGACCUGGACCAUGAACCUGCCAUCAAGACUGCCAUGUACCGCGCACCACCGCCUCCCCCGCCCCCGGUGGACGCAAGAGGCGUCGAUACAAUCGAAGAAGCAGUCGGUCUUGGUGAAGAGAGCAGCGAUGACAAGGUCGGCACGGGUCGAGGUCUUAGAGAGAAGCACGAGCGUUUGGAACGAGCCGCUCGCCUAUUAGAUCAGAAUCGCGCAGCCACUUCAUGA